UGUGCCCUCCCCCAGCUCUGUGGAGAGCCGGCAUCUCCCAGAGGGCGGCUACAGUGCUCCAGUGUCUCUAACAGGAGAGGCAGGGACAGAGAGAAAUUCCAGGGAGGUUUUCAUGAUGUCUCUCAAGAAACCCUGGGUCCUCCAGAAGCCUGUAAAAUCAAGUAAAUAAUUCAAUGCUACAUACACACUUCCAGAAUGACAAAGAGGGCUUCAGAGUGCUUUGAGUAAGAACAAGACCGUCUUCAAAGUUCUGUGAAAUCCAAAGUCCCCUGAUAGACUCAUGCAGCGGACCAGCAAUGACAACGUGGUGGAUGUCAGUGUGGGCCCAGCUUUCAGCUCCUACCCGAUGAUUACAGGUGUUCUUCCCAUGGAUGACAACAGGAGGAUCCAAAUGUUAGCAGACACUGUGGCUACUCUACCUCGGUCUCGGAAGCAGCUUGCUUUGACGAGAUCAAGUUCUCUAGGUGACUUUUCCUGGUCUCAAAGAAAACUUGUUACUGUGGAAAAGCAAGACAAUGGGACAUUUGGAUUUGAAAUUCAGACGUACAGGCUCCAGACCUCAAACACCUGCUCCUGGGAGUUGUGCACUCUGGUCUGCAAGAUUCAGGAGGACAGCCCGGCACACUGUGCUGGUCUGAAGGCAGGUGAUGUCCUUGCAAAUAUCAACGGUGUGAGCACAGAAGGCUUUACCCACAAGCAAGUUGUUGACCUGAUCAGAUCAUCAGGAAGCCUGCUUACGAUAGAGACUCUUAAUGGAACAAUGAUUCUCAAAAGAACAGAGCUUGAAGCAAAGCUGCAAAAUUUAAAGCAAACACUAAAGAAGAAAUGGGUGGAGUACCGGUCUCUGCAGUUACAGGAACAGAGGCUGCUUCAUGGUGAUGCUGCCAAGUGUCCAAGUCUUGAAAGCAUGGAGAUGGAUGAAGCAAAUUUGUUUGGAAGCUUUCCUGGGCUGAAUGCAACCUUCCUGGACCGGAACCGGCUGUCCAGUGAGAGCAGCUGUAAGAGCUGUCUGAGCUCCAUGACUGUGGACAGUGAAGAUGGUUACCAGACCUAUAUGUCUGAGGACUCGGGCUGGGGCACCUUCAGCCGCCAGGCUAGCACAGACGAUGAGUGCUUUGUCCCCAAGGAUGGGGACAGUUUCCUCAAGCAGUCUUCAUCCAGGAGGAUUCGGAGCAUCAGCACCACCAGCAGUGGGUCCAUGUCCCCCAUGUGGGAUGGCAGCUUCAGUAUGUUUGGGACCCUGCCUCGGAAAAGCAGAAGAGGGAGUGUCCGCAAGCAGCUCUUGAAGUUCAUCCCGGGCCUUCACCGGGCUGUGGAAGAGGAAGAGAGUCGCUUUUGACAGCCUGGCUGGCUCUUGGUUCCUUUGGCAUGAGCUCCUUGCACAAUCUUCUCUGGACUCUGAGACCGGCUCCAUCCAGCAGGGGCAAAGUACAGAACUGGCAUCCGACUGCAUUGCCCCCGUGACCUUUACUUCAGCUCUGACUUAUAGUUUUUGCUUCUUAAAUCAUGACUUAACUAAAGCAGUUUGAGUGCUAAGGAGACCCGGUGAUCAGAAGGCAGAUAACCUUGCAGUGUGUGCUCACUUGGCUCUGCCUAUAGGGGCUGGUGCCAUAUUUAUUUUCUAGACUGUGUGAAACAUUGGAAACUUUUAGGAGGUAAUUAUUAUUCUUAUGUUGAAUGACUUUCCAUAGGCUAUCUAGUGAGCUCUAAAACUUUAAGCUCAGCUGCCUUGAGGGGACUCCCUCAAUAGGCCAUAUUCUUGUUCAUAUCUGAACGGUUACAAAUAAAAAUUCACAGCAGGCAUGUUUCACAUCCUCCUUGGCAGAAAAAAUAGGAAGUUCAAAGUCGAGUAUGGAUGGGGUGGAUAGUGGUGCACAAGGUACUAGGUUAAACACAAGACACCAGGCAAGGACCCGGGCUCAAGCCCUCAGCUACCCAAUUGUAGGGGGGACAGUUCACAAGCAGUGAUGCAGGUCUGCAGGCCUCUUUCUCUCCCCUGUCUGUCUCCACCCCCUUCUCAAUUUCUCUCUGUCCUAUUCAAUAAAAAAAAAAUGGGGAAAAACAGAAGAAGAGGAGGAGAAGAAGAGAGGAGGAGAGGGAGGAGGAGAAAGAGAAAGAGGAGGAGAAGAAGGAAGAGGAGGAGAAGGAGGAAGAGGAGGAGAAAGAGGAGGAGAAGGAGGAGAAGGAGGAGGAGAAAGAGAAAGAGGAGGAGAAGGAGGAGAAAGAGGAAGAGAAAGAGAAAGAGGAGGAGGAGGAGAAGGAGGAGAAAGAGGAGGAGGAAGAGGAAGAGAAGGAGGAAGAGGAGGAGGAGGAAGAGGAGGAGAAGGAGGAAGAGGAGGAGAAGGAGGAAGAGGAGGCGAAAGAGGUGGAGGGGGAGGGGAAAAUGUAACUGCUAGGAAUAGUGUAUUCAGAGUGCUGUCACUGAGCCCCAGUGACUGGAGUCAAUAAAUAAAUAAAUAAAAUGAGGAUUCUAGAGUAUUGUAAGACCAAUGCAAAGAUGCUAUUUAAUAUGUGGCCUGCUUCUAAGCUGCCCAGUUGUGGGGGCUGGAAUAUUACUUUACCUGGUUAAACUUGAGUUCUGUCUGUAUGUUGAUGGCAAGUCUAGAAGCCUCAUGUCUCUGCAGUUCUGUGCUGAUUAUUACUAUUAUUUGUUACAGAUUCCUAAGAUUCUAAAAGGCAACAAAGAUUUCUCUUGUAAACGUUAAAUGUUUCACAUGACCCCUGACUUUAUAUUACAUAUUUCAAGCACUGGUGGUCCUGAGA